AUGCCUAAUCGUCAAGACUUUGAAAAAUUAGAUAUUAGCAAGAGUCGCUUUCCAUAUUGUAUCGUUUGGACACCUAUCCCCUUGUUGACAUGGCUCUUUCCCUUCAUUGGUCAUAUGGGAAUUGCUGUAUCAUCUGGAGUGAUUCGAGAUUUUGCUGGACCAUACUACGUUUCUGAAGAUAACAUGGCCUUUGGUAAACCGACUAAAUAUUGGCGAUUGAAGCCGACUGGUGUUGCCCACGCCCAUAACAACUGGGAUAAAGCAAUAGCGAUUGCAUCUGAGGAAUAUGGCCGUAGAAUGCACAAUCUAUGUUGUGAUAACUGUCAUUCCCAUGUUGCAAUGGCCUUAAAUCUAAUGGAAUAUAAUGGAUCACAGAACUGGAACAUGGUUAAAUUAGCUUUUUUUAUGCUUGUUUAUGGCAAGUAUGUUAGCGUUGGAGGAUUCUUGAAAACAUGGCUACCGUUCCUAAUCUUUGCUUCAAUCAUUACGACGAUUGUCCUUUGUGUCAAGUUUCUAGCUCCACAAUAA